AUGGGUAGUCCCCAGUUUGAGAACGAGUUCCGUUCCCAAGCUCUGUCCUUGCGCCAAAUUUGUCGACCGAGGUCAGCGGAUGCUGCGCAGAACCUGCGGCGGUCGAGUAGCCAGGCCUGCGACACCCAGACGUCCUUCUCACGUCAAAGGGGCCUUUUGGGACAGCCAGUUUCACUGACAAAGUUGGGGGGCAGCGGGCUUCAACACCGAAAUGCAAUAAGAAGAGGCUGUAAAAAUACGGGAGCCUGUUUUAACAUUUGUCGCUGUCGCAUUUGGGGGCGUUUUGCAGAGUACGCAAUCAGAGGAUGGAGGCCCUGGGACCUGGCGCGGUCAGAGUCACCUCCGAGCGUUUCUGUUUGCACAGGCAGCGGACAGCAGUCUGUGACGGGAGUCACGAGCGUGGACGACAGCAACAGUUACUGGCGAGUUCGGGGCAAGUCGUCCAGUGUUUGCGAAAGGGGCACCCCGGUAAAAUGCGGGCAGACGAUCCGCUUGACCCACAUCAACACAGGUCGCAACCUGCACAGCCACCAUUUCACGUCUCCCCUUUCGGGCAACCAGGAGGUCAGUGCCUUUGGGGAGGACGGUGAGGGGGACUUCCUGGAUGACUGGACGGUCCUGUGCAACGGCAGGUAUUGGGAGAGGAAAGGCGAGGUGCGGUUCAAGCAUUCUUCCACCGAUGUGCUUCUUUCGGUCACUGGGGAGCAGUACGGACGGCCUAUCCACGGGCAGAGGGAAGUGCACGGCAUGGCUUACUCCAGCCAGGACAGCUACUGGAAAGCCAUGGAAGGGAUCUUUGUGAAGCCUGCGGAACUGGCGAAGGCCGAGUUGUACCACGUAGAACUAUGACCCCAAAGGGGCAUCCUCGCGUGCCCGCAGCCUGAGCCAUCGGGUCGGCCGAGUUCCCAGGUGCGGUUUGGUGACUGAGGCGUCGGUGCGGCAGACCCUGCCCGGCUGCAGAGGCGUGCUUGUUGGCACCGCCUGCCGAGGACAGCAGCGUUCCGGCUCUCCGCACGUGGCCUGCGGCUGACGUUCAAGCCCCUGGGCGCCUGGGGGCCGGCCAUCAAUAAACAUUCAGUAUUCACGCAUCUGUUGCGGGUAGUUGGU